UCUCUGAGACCCCUGGCAGGGGUCUUGGCUGCUCAGGACAGCCAGAGGGAUGUCCUGGGUUCUGACACCCUUGGGCCAUUGCCAUAGCCAGGAACAUGGGACAGUUUCUUGAGUAAUGUGCCCAUGGUCAACCCUGGGGCCAUCACUUGGGUAAUGUCCCUGUGGCCAUCCUCAGGGCCAUCGCUAGGGUAAUGUCCCUGCAGCCAUCCUCAGGGCCAUCGCUUGGGUAAUGUCCCUGCAGCCAUCCUCAGGGCCAUCGCUUGGGUAAUGUCCCCAGAGCACCCACAGGGCCAUCGCUUGGGCAAUGUCCCCACAGCCACCCACAGGGCCAUCGCUUGGGUAAUGUCCCUGCGGCCAUCCUCAGGGCCAUCGCUUGGGUAAUGUCCCUGUGGCCAUCCUCAGGGCCAUUUCUUGGGUAAUGUCUCCACAGCCACCCACAGGGCCAUUGCUUGGGUAAUGUCCCUAUGGCCAUCCUCAGGGCCACUUCUUGGGCAAUGUCUCUACAACAACCCACAGGGCCAUCACUUGGGCAAUGUCCCCAUGGCCACAUCAGUUGAGAUCAGAUGUACUCAAUGCUGGACAGUAGCAGUGGUCUGAUAACCCCUCCCUGAGGAGGAAGGACCCGUCACCCGCUCACACAACGGCUGUGGGGGUUGCGACACCCAAAUCAUCCAAAACAGCAGGCUUGCACCCCACAGCCCCUCACUUUUCUCUGACGGCAUCUCCAGGACAUCACUGCAGCUUGUCAUGGCCACCUACAAGGUGACAGUGGCAACAGGUGACAUGGUGGAAGCUGGGACCAACAACUCCAUCUCCAUCACCCUGGUGGGCACCUAUGGCGAGAGCCGCCAGACCACCGUCUCCUUCUUGUUCCUGCCAGGGAAGGAGAGGAGCCUGUCUGUGCACUGUGGGCAGGACUUAGGCCCCAUUGUCCUCAUCCGCCUGCACAAGUGGCGGCUCUUCCUGGAGGAUGCCUGGUUCUGCAAGGACGUACGGGUGGCAGCCCCCAAUGGCACCCUGUAUCGCUUCCCUUGCUACCAGUGGCUGGAGGGAGUCACCACGGUGGAGGUGCGAGAGGGCUCAGGGAAGAAGCUGGUGGAUGACAAGCUGCAGAUCCUCAAGGAACAUCGUCAUCGGGAGCUGGCAGCACGGCAGGAGGCUUACCGGUGGAAGAACUUCGCCCAGGGCUGGCCCCGUUGCCUCAAUGUGGACUCCAUCUUCGAGCUGGACUCCAACAUCCAGUUCUCCCGCAUCAGGGCCAACAACUUCACUGGUUUCCUCAUCUUCCAAGGGGCCUCCCACUUUCUGUCAGGGUUCCUACUGAGACGCAGCUCCUGGAACAGCCUGGAUGAGAUGCGCACCAUCUUCUCCCGGACACAGGGCAGGGACAUUGUCCCUGAGUAUGUGGCCAAGCACUGGCAAGAAGAUGACUUCUUCGGUUCCCAGUUCCUCACUGGCAACAACCCCAUCAUCAUCCAUCGCUGCACCACACUGCCACUCAAAUUCCCAGUGACACCAGAGAUGGUUGCUGGCUCACUGGGAGGUGGCACUGACCUGGGCAAGGAGCUGCAAGAAGGUCGGAUUUUCAUUGUGGACUACAAGGUGCUGGAGGACAUCCCAACCGACACCAUUUACGGGCGCCAGCAGUACAUAGCGGCCCCACUCUGCCUGCUUCACCAAGGCACUGAUGGGCUCCUGCGCCCCAUCGCCAUCCAGGUAGGGGUGUCCCACUCUAAAUCCUACUGUCAGGAGGGUGGCAAUGGUUCUAUACCACCGUGUGGUCUCCCACAGCUCAGCCAAACACCAGGACCCCAGAGCCCCAUCUUCCUGCCGAGUGAUGAUGAGUGGGACUGGCUGUUGGCCAAGACCUGGGUGCGCAACGCAGACUUCUACAGCCACCAGCUCCUCACCCACCUGCUGAGGACCCACCUGUUUGGGGAGGUCUUUGCCAUCGCCACGCUGCGCCACCUGCCCACCUGUCACCCCCUCUUCAAGCUCCUCAUGCCCCACUUCCACUUCACACUGCACAUCAACACCUUGGCCCGCAGUGUCCUCAUAAACCAGGGUGGCCUCAUUGACAAGGGUUCCGGGGUGACCUAUGAGGGGCUGCUGCUGGUGGUGCAGCGAGGCCUGGAGCAGGUGACCUACACGUCCCUGUGCCUCCCCGACGACAUCCGCCACCGUGGCAUGUCCCAUGUCCCCAACUACUACUACCGAGACGAUGGGAUGAGCCUCUGGGAAGCCAUUGAGAGCUUUGUCACUGGCAUCGUCACAUUCUACUAUGAUGGGGAUGCAGCGGUGAGCGGGGACACCGAGCUGCAGGCCUGGGUGAUGGACAUCUUCACCAAUGGUUUCUUGGGCAGGACCUCCUCAGGUAUUCCCUCGUCGCUGCAGACAGUGGUGGAGCUCAUCAAGUUCCUCACCAUGGUGAUGUUUACCUGCUCGGUGCAGCACGCGGCUGUCAACAAUGGGCAGUAUGAUCUAGGGGCCUUCGUCCCCAACGCCCCGUCCUCCAUGCGCCACCCACCACCCAGCGAGAAGGGCCGGGCCUUCCUCCAGCACUUCCUCGACACCAUUCCUGAGGUGGCCACCACUGCUAACAUCCUGGUUGCCCUCAUUCUCCUCAGCUCCCAACUCAAGGACAGGAGGCUCCUGGGACAGUACCCAGAGGAGUGGUUCACAGAGGCGGAACCCCGACGGCUCAUCCGGGCCUUCCAAGGGCGGCUGGAGGAGAUCCGGGACCGGAUUGAGGAGAGGAACCAACAGGCUGAGCUGAGAUACAACUACCUGAACCCACUGGAGACGGAGAACAGCAUCUCCAUCUGAGCACAGGAGCUGCACCCGCUCAGCACCAGCAGCACUGCCAUCACCCUGCACCUGGGCAUCCUCAACAAACAGAACCACCAGCAUCUGGACAGUCAGUACACCCAGCACCCCUUACACGGCCAUCCCCAACACCCUGUCACCCAGCAUCCCGCACUUGGACAACCCCAGCAGCCCCACACCUG